GUUCAUUUGAUUUGCUUGUCGGCAGUCGUUGGAAUGUACAAGUUGUGAGGACUUUGUUGAGCAUUUUCUUUACUCAAGAAAAAGAUCGGUGUUAAGCUCAGCCUAUGAUGCUUUAAUAAUGGAGGUAAAUAGUACUUGCUGUCCAGCCUGUGAAUUGCCAUUUGAUAAAGGAAAGAAACGUAAACUGAUCGAUACUUGCGGCCAUGCACGGUGCUAUACGUGUAUGUUUAGUGUUGAAGAGUGUCCAUUGUGCACAAAAGUAGGUGAUCUCGAUAAUGGUGCAAAUGGUCACAGCGAGUUAGUAGAUGUACCACCCAUACCACCGCCUCCGAAUCCAGCAGUAUUAAUAGACCACUGCACCCAGACUACACCUAAAAAUACACCAAAGCAACAACCGCCAGAAAUUCCAGUUCGCAGUAAAUUCUUUGAUGUACCUACGUUAUCUUCACCACCUCCAAUCCCACCACCGCCCAAACUAGACUCAAUAUCAGUUUACAAAAGCUACUGUAACCAAGACGAUGCAGAUGCAGAUGCAUUAGAUGAUCAUCAUGGAAACAACCUGGAUGAUGAUGAUGUUGUUCAUACGUCAGACAUUGACGUGGUAAGUGACGCAAGGAAAGAAGAAGAAGCGUGCAAAGAAGUUCCAGUAACGAACAUGGAUUACCCGCUGUCUCCUCCACCCCCAUCUGUGGAUGAGGCUGCACAAGCACUGAUGGAUCGAUUGGGGUAUUUAUUGAAAGCUAAAGUCAAUCAUCAUGACAAUUUAGAAACAGUCGCUGAGGAACCAUUGGCCGAAAUAAGUGAGUGUCUCAUGCCUGUAACAUCUGUGAAGAUAGCCGAACAUGUCAUUCUGGCAAAAGAGUCGUUACCUUCUCCAAGGAUUACUCAUCAAGAAACAAAUCCUGUAGAAAUGAAUAAUUCUCGUCAGAUUUCCUCAUGUAGUGUCAAUCAGUCGUCGUUUACGAGUGUGUCAUCACUGGAUAGUUGUGACAUAACCCACGAUAAGCCGACAUCAACGUCAACAUUAGGAACGCCAUCACCUCUUCAUGCUGCCAGCUCUGAUGAAAGAACUCCCAACACAACAGGAAGUCGUGAUUCCUGUCGUGGUGAUAUCGGUUUUGAUCAGAGCUUUGAGAGCACCACGUCUAGUUUGAGUAUGUCACCGUGUAUUCCACUGAAAGCCUCCACACCAAUGGUGAACAGUACAAGUACAGGAAGACCUCAUUCAGUGUCAACCACCAAUCCUAAUGCAGUAGAAGACAUACCAAUGUUUGCGGAACAAAGAAAGGCAGCUAUUAGACGAUCUCUACGAGCACAUAUGCAAAAGCAUCCCGAUUUAAAAGUUCGUUUUGCACCAUAUAAACCGCCACAAAUCAACCUCCAAUCGCUACGAUUUGAAGUCCCCAGCGUACAGGAUGAUCCAACAUUUAUUGGCCGUGACUGGGUACUUAACGAAAUCGAGCAGCAUCUGUCUUGUGACUCCGCACCUAAUAAUAGCGGUAUUAUCAUCACUGGUAGCGCCGGUUAUGGUAAGACUGCCCUUAUUGCUAAGUUGGUAUCUGGCAGCGAAGUCGGAAAAGAUUUCAUGAAUAGCGGAACAGUAGAAGAUUUUGAUGGGGUUCAGAUGAAUGGUCUCGUCAAUGGUUUGAACGGCAUUGGAAGUACGGACACUUUAACUAGACGGAUGAAACAACAGUCAGAUAGAGUCUACAAAGCUCUGUCAUCAAGAGUUGUUGCAUAUCAUUUCUGUCAAACAGAUAACCUGACCACAUGUCUGGUGCCGGAGUUUAUACACAGCUUAGCGGCUCAGCUGUCGCAAUCACCGCAGUUACAUGAAUUUAAAGACAUGUUGGUCAGCGAGCCACAUUUACAAAACAUUUUGAGUAUGAAGGAAUGUAUCCAGAAUCCGUCAUCAGCGUUCUUGACUGGGAUUAUUGAACCGCUGAGCACAUUGAAACAACAAGGAAAGCUUUCGUCAGAUUGUGUAAUACUCAUCGAUUCUAUUCAUGAAGGCGAGAUACAUAAAUCGGAUUACGGCGAUAGUAUCGCAUCGUUUGUCAUCAAGCAUGCUAAUCAGUUUCCGUGUUGGUUGAAACUAAUUAUCACAGUUAGGACUAGUGCACAGGAUUUAUUGAAAUUAUUGCCGUUCCAUCGGAUCAACCUUGACAGAGGAAUUACAGAUAAGAUCCCCCGAGAUAUUCAGCACUACAUCACGUAUCGUCUCAAUCACAGUUCAAACAUCCGGAACAAUGUGUCACUGUCCGGUAAACUUGAAUACGCUAUGCAGACUAGGUUCAUUGCCCAUCUUCAAUCGCUUAGCGAAGGCUGUUUUCUGUAUGUGAAACUUGUGUUGGAUUUAAUCGAGCGAGGUCAUAUUGUCAUCAAGAGUUCAAACUAUAAAGUCCUUCCUGUCUGUUUAACGGAAGUAUACUUACUACUGUGCAAUAUACAUUUUUCAAACAUGUCAGCGUUUGAGAAGGUCAUGCCUAUUUUAGAGGCUGCUUUGGCUAGUCUCCACCCGCUCACUGAUGAGGAACUUCUUGACGCUGCCAAUGCUGGAUUUACAAUGAGGUUUCUUUCCCCUGAUGAGUUUCAACGACGAAUGGAUUUGUUAUCCGGAUUAUUGGUGCUCCGGAAUGACCAGACACGCAUGUUUUACCAUCCAUCCUUUAGGGAGUGGUUGAUGAGACGCGACGAGUCAGAAACUGUUGAGUAUCUAUGUGCUCAGAGAAAUGGUCAUGCCUUACUUGCCUUUAAAUUAUCAAAACAAUCUCCUAAACUUGUUGGUGCUAAAGCUUUAGAAUUAGGACAUCAUAUCUUGAACGCCCACAUCUAUAAGACUUUGGGUCGACAGUUGGGCUACUCAUCCAGAGAACUACAGGCAAUAUGGAUGUCUUUAAAUGCUGCUGAUUUAUCAGUCAGUUUAGCCGGCAUUCAGAAUCUAUUCUCGCCAAAUAUAAAGGUAAGUCGGCUGUUAUUACUUGCCGGAGCCAAUCCCAACAUACGUACUGAUGUCUUCGGUAACGCACCUAUCCUGUGCGUGGCCGCCAAAGAAGGCUACACAGAAAUGGUGUCGUUGUUACUGGAGUUCCGAGCAACUGUCGACGCAGUUAGCGAAGAUGGCGUAACAUCGUUGUGUUUUGCCGCAGGGAGUGAUCAGGUGGAGAUUAUCAGGAUGUUACUUAUUAAACGAGCUAAGAUUUAUCACAUUGACAACAAAGGUCAAUGUGCGUUGGUACAUGCUGCACGUGCCGGCAAACUCGAAGCCAUUAGUUUUUUACUGCAAGCAGAAUGGAGAGAAUCUGCAUCAUUAAAUAAAAGUAAAGCGAUGCAGCAAGCACUAGUUGGAGCUGCUGCAAUGGGGCAUAAAGAGGUGAUAUCAUUCUUGCUGGAUCUUGCUGAGUUAUCACACGGCAGUGAAGGUGUUAUGAUUGACAGCUACGAUAGCUUACUCAAUGAGACACCACUCACUGCAGCCAUACAAAAUGGCAAGAUUGAAGUUGUUAAAUUAUUACUUAAAUGGGGUGCUAACGUACAUAUCGGCAAUAAGGAAGGUUUCACUCCACUCAUGCUAGCUGUGAAAGGAGGAUUCUGGGAAAUCGUUGAUAUUUUGUUGUAUUACCACGCUGCCAUAGAAGAGACUGACCGACACGGUAGAACACCCUUAAUGAUCGCUGCUGCUGAGGGUCAUCUUGCUGUACUUGAACUUCUACUCAGUAAAGGUGCUUCUGUCACAAAGUGUGACAAGGAAGGUUUGACGUCGCUAUGCUGGUCUUGUUUGAAAGGACACAUACACUGUUUACGAUCUUUGCUAGAAAGGGGCUCAGCAGUUAAUUAUACCGAUAAAAAUGGACGUACACCACUGGAUCUGGCCUCAUUUUUUGGUGAUCCUCAUGUGGUGCAUCUACUUCUCGAAAAAGGAGCACAUUUAGAACAUGUCGAUUACAGUGGUAUGCGUCCUCUAGACAGAGCUAUUGGGUGUCGGAACUCAACUGUUGUGGCAGUGUUGUUGAAAAAAGGUGCUAAGCUCGGUCCAGCUGCCUGGGCUAUGGCCACGGCUAAACCAGAUAUCAUGGCGUUGUUAAUCAAAAAGGUCAUGGACGAUGGUAAUAAUCUUUAUAAGAAAGGAAAAUACAGAGAAGCCUGUCACAAAUACCAGUAUGCAUUAAAGAAAUUCCCAACUGAAGGAUUUGGUGAAGAAAUAAGAACCUUCAAAGAGUUGAAAACUAACCUCUUCUUAAAUGUCUCAAGAUGUCGCAGAAAAAUGAAUGACAUUUCAGCUGCUGUUGAGUACGCCACCAAAGCAUUAGAGAUGAAACCGAGUUCAUUUGAAGCCUACUAUGCAAGAGCCAGGGCCAAAAGAGCAAUGAGACAGUACGGUCCAGCGUUACAGGAUUUAAUAGAUGCCAUACAGAUCGCCCCUGGCAACAAGGAAGUCAGACGACUCAUGGUUCGGGUCAAAGAAGAGUGUAAAGAACAGACGAGAAUGGAGCGGGAAUCUGACAAGGAUUCGGUUGAAGCAAAUUCUGACAUGACGAACAAUGGAACACAUGAUUUGUCGUCUCCCGAAUCACAAAGAAUGCGAUACCCUGAUGUGUACAGUAUGACCCGUGGAUUAACGUGCAGCGAGAGUGCCAGCACCCUCAGGGACUCCAAUAAGAACUUGAAAACUAGAGGCAGUGAUACUGCCCUCUAUGGUCAACAUGUGAAACACGAGCAGCGGCGAUUAAGAUUAGAGCGGUUACAAGAUGACUUUCAGCGGAGCCUGGAUAAAGAUGUCCCAUACUAUGAUCUACCGACUCCUACUGCAAUUAGUACGGGCAGGGGUGCUACUGCCCUCUAGUGGCAACAUUGAGAAAUGUUAAAUUAUAUCUGUAAAGCUGCCAAGUUAUUCAAUUGCCGAACGCAUGCCCCGAUUAAAGCAAUAUAAUAUAUGCAUACAAUUUAAAUUAAAAUAUAUUGUAUUACUCCAUUAUCUUUUCUAACCUGACAAGUUGCAGCUUGUUUGAUAUUUAAGGAUGGCGGUUGUUGUGUCGCAUUGCGUCUAAUAUGGGUUCCAUAGCGGAUUAUACAACUCAUGAAAAAUAUGUUCCUGUUGACUGCGAGAUCCUGCAUUAUGCGUGAAAUUGAACGAAAAAACAGGACAAAACAUCCGAACAUGGCGUUGGAUUCAUCAAACACAACAAUAUUUUUGUGUAUUUCUAUGCUUCAUAAUACCCAUUUGAUGGUAAUGAUAUCUCAAUGCAAUAUUCCCCUCUCAAGGAUCGCCAUUACGACAUUGAGCUAUAAAAAAGAAACAUAAAUUUAAAAUCAAAUCGUUCAAUCUUUGACAGACGUUCAGUCCGCGCCUUUCACGCAAUGUGCAAGAUCUCGAGGUGAAUGGAAUAUCACCUAUUUUCACAAGCAUAAUGAGUGAUUCAUUCAAUAGCAGUGAUAUAUUUCAUUCCUAUAAUAGAAAUACACUCCUAUAGAAUACAAUGAAAUGUUAUAAUCCCAUAUAAUUAAAUCCUGUACAUUUUAAAACAUUUUCUUUUACAAGGAGCAUUCAGAAUUUAUACAAUUCUGCUUUUUUUUUAACAGCAACUUUUAUAUUGAAAGGAACCUAGGCAAUAAACUGAUGUUUGUUGUAAUAUUAUUAUUCUUCAUUUCAUACAACUGGUAUGUUUUUUUAAGAGUCCACAUAUUUUAAGUCCUUUAUAUAGUGAUGAUAAUCAGUGCAGACGUUUGCAAAAUUAUUUUUGAACAAUUUCAACAUGUCAACUUGUAUCCAGAUUCCAAUAUGGCCGCCAUUUGUCAUUGAAUAGCGCCCUCUGUAAAACUUCCAAAAUCAAUUCAUGGAUUCAAUCCAUUUUUUUUGUCUGUUCAGCCAUCGAGCUAGACUCUUAUCUGCAUGGUUCACUAAAUUCUGGAAUUUGUAAGUUCAUAAUAUUAAUUUGUUUUCUGCCAAAUUUUAAUUUUUUAAUUUUGCAUUCAGGAUAAUAUAAUUUUAUAAAUACUGUAAUCAAAUUCCUAUUUGA